CCCGACUUUCACCGUCUUCCCGCACUCCCGUUUCACGCUUCGCUGUGGCUGUCUCUUUAUUUUAAAUAAAAGACAGCGGCGCGCCGGCGCUUUGAGUGAUCCAGCCAACCCAACGGCGCUUGUUGCUAGUCUCCCCCCCCUUCCCCUUAACCGUCGUCCGGUACAAGAACUCGACUCGGUCCGUUUUCUUUGUUCCUUCUCGAGGAAAGAUAUUUCUGUAGAAAAAUCUUCAAGAGGAAUUCUGUUGCGCCUUCGUCCUUUUUGGCCUAUCGGAAAGUCGUCAAAGGAUUUUAAAAGAGCAACACCUCCCGCCAUCUGAUACAAGUCUCGACGGUCUCCCGACACUUGCAAUAACCAACACGACCACAACCAACCUGUGUACUCCACGGCUCAAAAAAAGAAGAAAAGAAAAAAGACUUUCCGAAAAUGAAGGCCGCAGCAGCAUCGUCACUCGUCAUCGCAGUUCUCGCCGCAACGGCUGGGGCUGCGCCUGUCGUACCGGAACAACACCCACUAGUUCUGCCCGCACGCCCGGCGACUCCCGCCGCUGCCGCCUCGGUCAUCAUCCCCAGCAAGGCACUGCCGCCGAUCGCGACGUCGCGCGAGAACUUGGUCACUGCUGUGUGGAAGUCCGUCGUCGGCGGUAAGGAUGGGCAGAGGAAAAGCCUGGGGCGGGCGUGCUUCUGCUCCAGCGGCUCCAUCUGCUGUAGCACGUCGUCCGGGCUCGAUUGCACGCAGGGCUUGUGCGGCAUCUAGAGUCCUCC